GUACCAGGAAUGAUGUCGAUGAUGAUGGAACUCCAAAUCCUGCCGUUAGGAAGUCACCAUCUGGGCAUUGACAAUUCCCUAAAUAUUGUCGGAGUUUUGCGCGCAUGUAGUUUUUAUAUUGGAAAUUGGGACUUGAAGAUCAAAGUACCUCAGCAAUGUGAAGUAUCAGGAAUGAAACUGGCACCAUAUUUUAUAGAAUGGAUAAACCUCGAGGAUAUUUGGGAAUUGGGGGUUUUUAUAGAAUGUAUAAACCUCAAGGAUAUUUGGGAAUUGGGGGUUUUUAUAGAAUGUAUAAACCUCAAGGAUAUUUGGGAAUUGGGGCUUGAUCAGUAA